UUGAACGAAGAGCCUCUUAUCAUGUUUGACUGCAUGGACAUGCUGACCGUAAGUCCCGGACAGAUGCUGGAUUUCUACACGUCCAGCCCGUCCUCCUGCAUGUUGCAGGAGAAGGCUCUGAAAGCAUGCAUCAGCGGACUGGCGCAUAGAGAGUGGCAACACCGCCGGAGCGCACACUCCAUUGAAACACAGAGCACCAGUUCUGAGGAACUUGUCCCCAGCCCACCGUCCCCACCACCCCCUCCUAGGGUGUACAAGCCCUGCUUCGUCUGCCAGGACAAAUCCUCUGGAUACCACUAUGGUGUCAGUGCCUGUGAGGGCUGCAAGGGUUUUUUCCGCCGAAGCAUCCAGAAAAACAUGGUGUACACAUGUCACCGGGACAAGAACUGCAUUAUCAACAAGGUGACGCGGAACCGUUGUCAGUAUUGCCGCCUACAGAAGUGCUUUGCAGUCGGGAUGUCCAAAGAGUCUGUUCGAAAUGACCGGAACAAGAAGAAGAAGGAGAGCCCAAAGCCGGAUCUGGCAGAGAGCUACGAACUGACAACUGAGCUGGAGACAAUCAUUGAAAAGAUCCGUAGGGCUCAUCAAGAAACGUUCCCCUCCCUCUGCCAGCUUGGCAAGUACACGACGAACUCGAGUGCAGACCACCGUGUGAGGCUGGACCUGGGACUGUGGGACAAGUUCAGCGAGCUGGCCACUAAGUGCAUUAUCAAGAUUGUGGAGUUUGCCAAACGAGUGCCUGGCUUCACGGGGCUGACCAUUGCAGACCAGAUCACACUACUCAAAGCUGCCUGUCUCGACAUUCUGAUCCUGCGCAUCUGUACAAGAUACACUCCUGACCAGGACACCAUGACCUUUUCAGAUGGGCUGACCCUCAACCGGACGCAGAUGCACAAUGCUGGCUUCGGCCCGCUUACUGACUUGGUGUUCACUUUUGCCAACCAGCUCCUGCCCAUUGAAAUGGAUGACACAGAAACAGGCCUCCUCAGCGCUAUCUGUCUCAUCUCUGGAGAUCGUCAGGAUCUCGAGGAGCCCUCUAAAGUGGACCAGCUGCAGGAGCCACUGCUUGAAGCUCUCAAGAUCUAUGUAAGAAAGCGUCGGCCAAGUAAACCACACAUGUUCCCCAAAACCCUGAUGAAGAUCACAGACCUGCGCAGUAUCAGUGCUAAAGGAGCAGAGCGAGUCAUCUCUCUAAAAAUGGAGAUCCCUGGUUCCAUGCCACCGCUAAUCCAGGAGAUGCUGGAGAACUCAGAGGGCCAAGAUAGCCAGAGCAGCAGCAGCAGCAGCACUUCAGCUGAGGUGGGGCCCAGACUCAACAGCAAGGGAAGUCGCAACAAGGAUGCUGCUACUGUGGAAUCCCCAAAUUCCACGGACAACGAGGAUGGUGCGGCCACGCCACCUAGAAUCGAGCCCUAGGAGGCACCCAGGGGCCUCGGAAACUCUCUGGCAUUACUUUGCUCAAAAACAUGGGCAAGAUGUACAUCCCUUAAAAUCUACCUAACCUGACUCCUAAGCUUGAUAUUCCAUUUUCCGCCCAUUUUGUCCCUAUUUUUCUCUCCAAUUUCCCCAAAAUUCUUUCAUUGAAAAGAAUAUAACACAGAGGCCUCAAAGGAUCCCUGCUUUGUGUACAUUUCUGAAUUGAGCUCUUAUUUGACAUGCCUCUGGGACUGUGACAGGAAGGGCAUCGCUCUCACAAACCAGCAGAGAUAAUACUCCUCAGGUCUCCUGUGUAAAUUCUUAUCUGCAUGACGGGAGUUUGAUAAGUGUUUUCUCUGGCUCUCUCAGUCUUUCUCUGUCAUCUGUUUUCUUCUCUUGUAUUGUUGGCAUACAUGCAUUGUACAUAUCAUUGGAUGGUUAGGUCUCUGUUUCUAAGAUGAAUUUUGUGGUGCUUUAUUCAUUGUCUCUGAGGUGACACAUCAAGGAUUUUAAGUCCUUCAAAAAGUUAUCUAGAAGGUUACUGCAUAUAGACAUCAUGGAAGUCUAGUAUUUUAUAUUUCUUAUUAUAUUUAAAACUUUAUAUCUUUUAUAACUGUUUUGGGUUCGCAUUUCUCCGUGAAAAAGUCUACAUCCAGACGUCGACAGCCGAGUUUGUUCAUUUGCUUCCUCGAAGGAGGAAAGCACAAUUGCAGAAGCCUGGAGAUACUCGCUGAUCAGAUUGGUCAUGUCUGUUUUGCUUCAACCCUCCAGGUAAACUGCUGAGACCUAAUGUAGAAGAUUAGAUUGAGAAUGCACCAGUCUAUGAAAUCAACUCAUUUUGUGGCUCUUGUCAAAACCGAUUGGGGAAAUUAGGCUGAUGACAGAUACCAGAGGUUUUUCUCCAACAGGUGGUGAUCACGUAGGAUCCUUUUCCCUGUUACAGUAUACUUCAGGUUUACCAAGAUUCUCCUUUAUUGUCUGCACUUUGGAGCUGGGAGAGAAUAACUGGAAAACCUGGAAAAAGAUUCCAUGUCUUCUUGCCAUCUGUUUCCACAGUCUCAGAUUAGCCUUCUGUGUAGAACGGAGAGGUAGUUCCUGGUUUUAACGGAGUCUAUGGCUGCAGUUCCACCUCAGUUACUUCUAAUUUUAAUUUCUGUAAUUCCUGCGUCUGGCUUCAGGCAAUCAAGAACACUUUGGUUUGACCACUUAUUUUAAGUCAGGUGUUAGCAGGUGACUUGGUGAUUAAAGUAGAAUAGAAUACCUACUUUAUUAUCACAAAACAAGCUAAUAAGACUUCCUCUGUCUCUUGCCAGUCCAUGUUUUUCUCUGUCAGCAAGCUGUGCUAAAAUUUGUGCUUAACCCUCCUGUUUGAUUCCAGCCUACAUUAGCUUAGCAGCGAUAAAUGAUUGAAUGUCAGCCUAAUCCGUGACUCUAGCGCUAACAACAUGUACUACCAAGUGCACGUGCAUCUGUUAUGGCCUUAUGAGAAGAGCUCCAUAACCUCUUUUUCCUGUCCUUUGCUUGAAUCAGUGAAACACAAGGUUAAUGCAACACACAUGACCACAUGACAACUGUACACUAAUGUAGAAAACACACAGUGGGGUGAGAUGGGAAAGACCCCAAACACUGACCUAGCUCUUUACAUUGAUAGACUUUCAUCCCUCCAAAGUCAGCAGAGUAAAGCUUCUAAUUGGACAGUUGAUCCAAUAUUAAUCUCACUGACUGUGAAGUGUGUGUGUGUGUGUGGGGGGGGGGGGUCAACUGAAAUUAAAAGGUAGGCCUAAAAAGCCAUUUUUAUCCACAGAUGAGGUGAUUACUGAACAAAAAGGAAUAAACUGUGUUAUGUCGUCUUAUAAGUUAGAAUUGAGGAUUCUUCAAUACAGCCCUGUCUCUGCAGGAUGAAUAUCAAGUGGCUAAUCACUUAAACUAACUAUAGAACGUAAACAUGGUGAAGCUUUGACGAGUAGCUGUAACCAUAAAACUAAACAAAAUGAGGAUUAACAAACGCAAACACAACACAAUGUUCAAUUUUAAAACAAUUAAGUACAAAAAGUAUAUAACAAUUUUUCAAAGAAAAAAAUAGAUUUCUUCAUUUCAAAGAGGAUGCAGUAAAGAUGAAAAGACAUUUUGGUUUUAGUUUCAGCAGUAAAUACGGUUUACAGGCAGAGAUUUGUGCUAGCAGGCAAAAUUCAUGCAGAAAAUCAAGUUUCAGGUUUGAUUUAAACAACUCUGCAUUGGUCAUUUUCAAACCAGAUUUUAAAUCUAGACUGUAAUUAAUAAUUAAUAAUAAUAAUGGUAAUAAUAAUAAUAAAUGAUUUCAAGUCAAACAGGUGUAAAUAAAGCUUGAAGUUUUUCCUGAUCAGCGCACAGAUGCUGCACACACUGCAUCUUAUCUAACAUGGGUUCAAUAACGUGGAACUUUUGGGGCUAACUUUUCCGUUUGGGGAAAUAGCAGUUUCUGCUUUCUUGUUGAUAGCAAAGUGAGAGCAUCAAUACCAUCCUUGUGUCUUUUCGUUAAUGAAUCUACAGCCUUAAGUACAAUAACUGAGUUUACCAUGAAGACAGAAGUGUGUCUUACAACAAACCUCAUUAAUUAUAACAUUAAAUUUGCCUUCUUUGUUCUUUAGACAGACUGAAUCUUGAGAGACACCAGUUGUAUCCUUUGCAACCAGCGACAAGAAUCUGAGGACUAUGUUGAAGUUCAUUAUAGCCCGGCUCAUUUCACACAGCAUGGACUGAGUGUCGCCUGUUUCAGUUGGAAACAUUAUUCGAGCAAAAAGUGUAAGAAUUCUAUAAAAAGUAUAACAGUCAUAACAAAUCAGACAUUAACACGUUUAUUUUACUGCUGAGUUCUAAAAUGAUUACACUGUGAAAAUGAUGAUAAAUGUGUUCAGUACAGGUUACUCAGUCUGUUCAAGUCUCAUACGAUCCUGCAGUCCAGUGAAGAAGACCUGCAGUCACAUUAGUUUUUAGCAAGAUCACAAUGAUUUGUCAGACAAUACGUGGGCAGCUCUCUGUGAUCUGUUUUCUAUUACAUUGAGACAAAAUUGAAAAUAAUAGUUCUUUAUUUUCUGCAUUACCAACUGAAUUCAUGUAAAUUCCUCUGGUAAAGUGACUCAAAGGUAUGAAAGUGUAGCACAGCAGGUUACACUGUGAAAGUGUGUGAUAGCUAUGCUGGUCCACAGAGCAACAUUUAGCUUGUAUUCAUAAUCAAUACUGUUAAAUUGUAACAUUCUUGUGUUUUGGAGGAGCACACUUUGGUAGUUCGUGUCCCUGCUGUCAGCAUACCAACUCAUUCCAGAUGCAGUUUGACAGCAUGAAUCCUUUUUCAUGUCACUUCAUCCUGUGAAGUUACACUUCAAAUGCAUAACACAUGAAACGUGCUUAAAAUGGUGUGUGUGUAAUGACAGAUUACUACACAGCACGAGCAAACACAAAGUCUCAAAACAAACUAACACAAGGUUAAUGGAUGUCCACUGUGGGCGAGUACAGCUGCAUGCUUUGUCAUUGCUCUUAUUGAACCGUCAUCUGACAAUGACAUUUAAAAAGAUCGACUCAGCAAGGACUUUACUCAAAAUCACUCCCUAUUGGACAUUUUACACUCUCACAAUUUAUUGAAAGCUCAUAUCAGAUUAAAAUAAUGAAUUCUCAGUGGACUGAUUAGGAUUAGGUGAACUGUGACGCAACACUCUCAGUCAUCAUAUAUGCAUCACAUUUGUCCCAAAAAAGGCUCUAAAGUUCAGAACAGGUUUUCACGUAUGGAACAUGUGGCAGCGCAUCUGGAACUCUUAAUGUCUCAUUUUGAUCAGAAACAGAAAAGCAGCGCUUAAGGGGACAGGUUCUAAAAAUCUAGAUUCUAUCCAGCCACCCAUCACUGGAAAUACAUAUCAUACCAGAGCUGUUUAAUUUUUUGUUUGUGUGCUUGGAUGUGAGUAACGUGUUGGCGUCUGACAGAAGAAUGAUGUGCAGUAUUAGGGAAUUUUAUCUUAAUGUAACAUAAGAAUUGUUCUCCUGUGGUUCUCUCUCUGACGCGCUCUCCUGGUGAGAGAUUAAGGGAGACUUUUUUUAUUUUGACAUGAAAAGUUCUCACAGCCGAAGAAUGUCCACAUCCUGUCCCGAAGCAUCGACGAGCCCUCGGGCUCCUGGAUGCAGCAGGGACUGUUCUCUGUUCCUUUUAGGAAAGAACCUCACCGUGCUGAAUUAUUAGUCUCCAUUGAAUGUCGUACCGAUGUAACUGUACUCUACUAUCUAGCUCACUGCAGAGAUGUUAUAUAAAUGGUGUGUGCUUUGCAUUCCAGUCGGCAGCUCUGUGGAAACGACGCUCUGUGUUUGUGCUUGGAAACAUAAACUCCCACUGAAAAAGAGGAGGAGGAGGAAAAUGCAGCACGCGUGUCAUUUAGGACAAAUGGGACAAAUGCCAACCGGGUCACCUCAACUCUCGAUGUUUGAUGUCCUCUGUUUGUGUUUAUGUCAAACAGCAGAGCUCCAUCUCCCAUUCCUCAGCCAGGGAGCCAGUUAGCUGUCAUCAAUCAAUCGAAUCAAUCAUCUGACAGCUACUUGGUUCACAGGUGAGGUACGAACUUGAGUUCGACUGAUAUGGGAAGACUAAUCAGCAUUGGUCAGUAUUCUGUACCAACAAUCAGUUCAAGUUCAUACGGACCUUUACAGAUACUCAACAAUGAACCGUCCCCUGCUAGGAAGUUAACCCUGUACAUACUCCAGGUCACCGGUGACAUGGUGAGGCUUAGGGGUGGGAUCUAUCCCUUUCUGUGCUUAAUUUCAUCUAAUUUAUUUAUUUUAACUUUUUUUUUUUUUUUUUGUUUCCUCCUUGACUUUAUUUGGAAGAUCGGUUUCUGAAAGUGUACUUACUUUGCAUGAGGUUAGAAUACAAUCCAACCUGUACACUGACCAUGAGAGGGUCACUGGUGAUCUGAUAGAUUACGAUUGGUUACAGUCACGAGGAGCUGAUUUACAGAUGUACAGAGUACAUUUACUGAUUUACUUUCUUGUUGUGAAUAAAUAAAACCCAGAAAGGAGUCUAAAAACUCCACAAGUGCCCGAGUAUCAGUCUAACCCAAGAUGAAGCUAAUCAGGAGCCAGAAAUCAUGACUGUGAACUUCACCAUCAGCCAUAUAACAGUAGGUCUGCCGUGUUUGUCUGCCAGGAACGCCUCCAGGACAGACGAGUUCCCAAUCACCUUUUCCCAUCAGAAAAUAGACAAUAUGCAGUCUUGUAUAUUUGUGUUAAUAUGAGACGAUGUGCUCACAGUUUACUGUGGGAUCUGUUGUACAUUUAUCCAGUCAGCCUCUGCUGCAGGCUGAAGUCGACUAUGGGAGAGUUUUGAGAUUUCAGCUUUGAUUCGUUUCCAUUUUCCAUCGUAAAUAUUGUCUUUGUACAUUAACAUUACUUUUAUGCUGUGUAACUUUACCAUGAACUGUCCUGGCAAAGUAAUAAAAUAUAUUUAU